AUGCUCGGGUUUGCGGUUGGGUUAGACCACCAACCAGUUCACUCAGUAGUGUAUGUGAGUUUUGGGAGUAUUGCUCAAAUGAGUGAAGCCGAGUUUACUAACAUGGCUUGGGGGUUAGCGAAUAGCAAGCAACGUUUCCUAUGGGUGGUCCGCCCUGGCUCGGUUACCGGCUCUCAAUGGCUUGAGGCAUUGCCUAAAGGGUUCGCGGAGGAAGUAGGUGAAAGAGGACGUAUUGUGAAAUGGGCUCCUCAACAAGAAGUACUAGCUCAUCAAGCUAUAGGAUGCUUCUGGACUCAUAAUGGAUGGAACUCAACUUUGGAGAGCAUAUGUGAAGGUGUUCCAAUGAUAUGCUCACCUUGUUCUUAUGAUCAACCAAUUAAUGCAAGAUAUGUGACAGAUGUUUGGAAGAUAGGAGUGAUGUUGGAUAAUAGGGAGGAGACUGGUAAAAUAAUAAAAAGAGUGAUUAUGGGAAAAGAAGGUAGUGAGAUGAGGCAUAGAUCUAAAUCUCUUCAGGAGAAGGUGAAUCAAUCUAUGCAAAAAGGUGGAUCUGCAUGCCAAUCCCUGGAGAAUUUAGUUGAUUCUAUCCUCUCUUUCUAGUGUGUUUUCUAGUGUGUUUACAUUCUUAUUGAACAUGUUUUUUUACUUUUUAAGAAUAAAUAUUUGUAACAUUUGAA